AUGACGCUUCGUUCCGGCAUCUUUACAGACAGGCAGUCCCCAGGUCGCGAAGAUGUUGGGUACAGGCCUCAUGCAAUGGCCAGAUCAUCAUUGGGGGUCGCUGCAGGCGACAGAUGUUUGAGAUGGCCUUCCCAGGAACUGGAAAGCUCCCCUCGUCCGAGCGACGAAAGGCUCUUCGUGUCAGUGAGAGGAGACCGUGCCUUUGCCGGCUUGCCUGACUUCAAGGCACAAUGCUCUCAGAGUAGCGGAUCUGUUCAAGGAGGAGAGAGCAGUGGUUCCAGGUCCGUCGUGAGCGCGCUCGAAGCUGGCUGGCGCGAAACCUUUGCUCGGACGGACGCCUUGCCUGGAGGCCCAGGCUCGCCAACACCGGGCCCAAAAGAGUGGUCUCUUCAUAGUGGAGGAGUCCGUCUGUCUGAGAAUGAAGCUGUGCCGGGGAAACAGAGUUUGGUUGACAUCAUCAGGAACAGGCAUAAGGAUGUGAAGGCAAGUGAUCGCCAAAUCGCGACAGACAGGGAGGAGACACAUUUGAGGACGCCCCCAGCUUUAGAUGCAGUAGCAGAGGCUGAGCCGGUGGACAUUCUGCACAUCGAAGAUCGAGGUGGCCGUCAAGCAGAACGGGAUGCCAUCGUUGCAAAGCCUGAGAGCGCACAGGAGGGCGGCAAGUUGCCUUGUCCAGUGACACCUCGUCAGGUGCGGAUUCAGACAGACGCUCACCAGUCGCACUCGCCAGAGGUGACCGAGGCUCUGCGGGAGCGCGUGGCAAUGCUGGAGACUCUAUUGGCAAAGGGGUCGCCGUUGAAGGUUGCGCAGGGUCCGCCGCAUGCAGCUGCUGCAAGACAUGACGAGGAAUCAUCAUCACGCACGCUGAGUGAGGACUCAGUAGCGGCACGCACUGCUCCAGUGGGAAGGCAGCGCAGCCGAAGCGUCCGCAUCUCCAAGCAGACUUCUUUCGACUCUGGAAAAAGCGGUUUUCUGAGCCCACGAAGCUCGCACCACCAAGAAUCAGCCUCGUUCAGAGUCAGCUCGGAGCCGUCCGGAAAGGCAGAAUCGGAAGGGACGUCAGACAAUGCUGAAGGCACGUCUCCCACAUCUCGCACAUCAGGCGAGACGGCUCUGAAGUCGGAAGCGGCACCAGGAGCCAGUCCAAAGGCUGCGCAGAAAGGCAAAGGCAGCAAAGGGCCACCACCUCCAAAAGGAGGUGCAAAAGGUUCCUGUCCAGAGGCAGCUCCUGGUAAAGGUAAGGGAAAGAGUAAGUCCACCCCUCCAAAGGCUCCACCCCGAGGAGCUGCAAAGGCUGGAUUCGCCAAAGACAGUCACCAUCCUAGGAAGGCAGAAAUUCAGCCCAAAUUGCCGAUGAAGAAGCUCUUCUGGAAUUCCUUCGUGCUGGACGAUGAGCAUCUUAAAUCUGAAAAUGUUUGGGCAGCAAUAGAGAGCGAGAACUCUGAUGCCUACAACUUUGACAUGCAGGAGCUGGAGCAACUCUUCUCGGAAACGUCGAUCCGCUCUGGUGUGCAAAGUCCAGCAUCGCAUGGAGGCAGCUCCGCCGUCCGACGGACCCGACUGAGAGCAAGGGUCUUCGAGGAGUCUCGCCGGAAGCAGGUUUGCAUAAUGCUUGCUCGGCUGCCGCCAGUGGAGACAACUGUUAAAGCCAUCCAUGACAUGGAUGAUGAUUGCUUGGACAAAGACCAGGUGGAGCUUCUCUUGGCGACGGCACCGACUUCAGACGAACUUGCCAUGCUUCAUGCAGCCGCGAAAGAGAUGCCUGAGAAGGCUUCUCUCCCAUGGGAUGAUGCCGAGGAUUUUGUGUGGAAGCUUUCUGAGGUCGGGCAUUUCCUGGUGAGGCUGCAGACUUGGUCCUUCGAGAAUGCCUUCGAAGAGCGAUUCCACAUAUUCCACUCCGCUGUCACGGAAGUCAAGGAUGCAUGUCACGCGUUGCGGGAUUCCUUGAGAAUUCCAAGGUUGUUGGGCAUCACGCUGCAUGUGGGCAAUUACUUGAACGCUGGAACUUCCCGAGGUAGAGCGGAUGGAUUCUCUGUUGAGGUUCUUUCUCAGAUGCGAGCUCUGAAGGGACAGGCCACGUCGUCCACCUCUUCGGGCACGCUUCUGGAUUUUGUGGUACGCCAAGCGGAGCGAAGCAAACCGGGAGAGCUCCUGCAGCUCUUUGGUGACGUUGGUGAGGCAACUUUGGUGCAGAGAGCGUUCCGUCACAACCUCAAGGAGCUGUCCUUGGAGUUAACAGCCUACUGCGUUCAGGCACGAGGCCUGGCAAGGCAAUCUGCCAAUGGAGACGAUGUGCUCAAAGCUCGAGCAGGAAAGGUGGAGGCUCACUUGAAGGACUUGGAAACGCUUCAGCGGUUGUUUGUAGAAGCAGAGGAAGACUUCAACAGCGUAUGCGCUUGGUUUCAUGAAGGCUCCGGCAAGAAGCCCAGACCUCCGGAUGAGUUCUUCGGCUACUGGCACACUUUCUUCCAGGGAAUUCGCUCCACUCUGGAAGGGAUGUAUGCGGGUAAGAAGCGCCGAAAAGCUCCGCGAUCAAGGGUCCUUCGUCCUUUGGAUCAAAUGGCAAAGUCCCUAUCCUUGAGCGAAACAGUCAAGGAGUUCAAAGGCUGA